ACGGUCAGAGACUCUUACAGGGAUGCUGAGAGCACUCAGAGCGGGAAGACGGUGACAGUUUGACACUUAAGUGGAGCGAUAACGUCUGCAAAAAUGGUUGAUGCUUUCUGUGCUACGUGGAAAUUGAUCGACAGCCAGAACUUUGAUGAUUAUAUGAAGGCACUUGGGGUUGGUUUUGCCACGAGACAAGUGGGGAAUGUCACCAAACCCACAGUGGUCAUCGGCCAAGAUGGAGACAAAGUGGUUGUAAAAACUUUGAGCACAUUCAGGAACACAGAGAUUUCUGCCAAACUGGGAGAAGAAUUUGAUGAAACCACACCUGAUGACCGGCAUGUCAAAUCUACCUUCACCAUGGACGGAGACAAAUUUGUGCAUGUGCAGAAGUGGGAUGGCAAAGAGACCAAAUUUGUAAGAGAACUCAAGGAUGGGAAGAUGGUGAUGACAUUAAGCUUUGAGGGAGUCACAGCAGUCCGCACCUAUGAGAAAGCCUGAAGUUUACCGGCCACCUGAAAGUGCAACUGAUCCCAGACCUGUGAAGGUGUUUCAUUUAAAAAUAAAAAUAAAAACAAAAUUAGUUGUGUUUACCCCAGGCAGUGAUUUUCACUUGACUUGUCCUUGUAUCAUGAGAUAAACCUUUUUUUGGAACAUUUUGUAAGAUCUUUUGUAAGAAAUUUGGAUGGUGAAAGUCCUGAAAUGUCUCAAUCUCUGUGUUAAAUGUUAUAAAGGGAAAUAAACUGAUAAAUGAAAUGCUUUUUUUUCUUCUCAGACCUUUGACUUGUUUCCACAUGUCAUCCGUGUUAAUAUCACAACCCCUUUAUCUCAGCGUAGCUCUCAGUCACAAUCAGUCUUUAUGCUGUCAGACAUUUCUGUUCAUAUAUGAGCCGUGAGAAGAGUGCUGUGCCUGUGAAGGCUCUGUUCCAGGUGACAGCUGCAGGGUGACCAUGCAGGCCAGAGCUGACCGUGAAGCGGCAGCCAGUGUGACCAUUGAACUUACUGGAGUGAAUGCCCUCUGGUAACCCACAGAUGGUCAGAGGCGAUGAGCGUUGGGGGGGAGGAGGGGAC